AUGGUAGGCUUGGGAAGGACACAAACCGCCUUGCCCAUUCAGAUUGCCUCGGCCUUCAAGUUACCUAACAAGUUUGCCUUCUGUCUUCCAUCUUCAACUGGGUUGUAUGCCAACAUUUACAUCGGGGGUGCGCCCUACUACUUGAAUCCUUCUACCCUAAACUUCACUAAGUCGCUUACCACCACUCCACUUAUCGUUAAUGCUGCUCAACCUGAUGAAUAUUUCAUUAGCGUGAAAUCUAUCAUAGUCGAUGGUACUAAACUCAUCUCUUUCAACACGUCCUUGCUAUCCAUCGAUAGAAACGGAGUUGGUGGAACCAAAUUAAGCACCAUAACCCCAUAUACCAUCUUUCAAACUUGUAUCUACAAAUGUCUUGUUAGUGAGUUUGUGAAAAAGGCCUUAUUUAGAAAGAUCAAAAUGGUGACAUCCGUGGCACCAUUCGGAGCAUGCUUUAGCUCAAAGACUAUGGCUAGCACCAUAACCGGACCAGCUGUGGCAAGUAUUGAUCUUGUUGUGCGAAAGGGCGUUUAUUGGAGGAUUUAUGGUGCCAACUCAAUGGUGAGGGUUAACAAAGAUGUUUCUUGCCUGGGAUUUGUGGAUGGAGGGCCGCAUCCAAUAACCUCAGUCGUGUUAGGCGGGUACCAGAUGAAGGAUCAUUUUCUUGAGUUUGACCUAACUUCAUCCAAACUAGCUUUCAGCUCUUCCCUCCUCCUCUACAAUUCCAAUUGUUCCUUGUCCAGAACUUUUUAG